GGCAACCGGGCGCACGCGGAGCGCCGCCUUCCGUGCCGCCGGGCGGCCGCCGCCAUGAUGCUGCUGGGCCGCGGGCUGGAAGCCAGGGACAAUCAGACUAGACAAAUACAAGAUGCUGUUUCAAACGUGGAGAAGCAUUUUGGUGAAUUGUGCCAAAUAUUUGCUGGAUACGUACGGAAAACUGCCAGACUACGAGACAAAGCAGAUCUUCUUGUAAAGGAAAUCAAUGCAUAUGCAGCCACAGAGACACCAGACUUAAAAGCUGGACUGAUAAAAUUUGCAGGUGAAUUUUCCAGACUUCAGGAUUAUCGCCAGGCGGAGGUUCAUAGGCUUGAAGCCAAGGUUGUUGAACCUCUGAAAAGUUACGGGACCAUAGUGAAACUGAAAAGGGAUGAUUUAAAAGCAACUUUAACAGCAAAGAACAGAGAAGCCAAACAGUUGUCUCAGCUGGAGAAGACGCGUCAGCGGAACCCAUCGGAUCGACACAUUAUCUCACAGGCUGAAAGUGAACUGCAGAGAGCUUCACUGGAUGCAACUCGAACAACUCAGCAGUUGGAGGAAACCAUUGAUAAUUUUGAGAAACAGAAAAUAAAGGACAUCAAAACCAUAUUCUCUGAGUUUAUAAAUAUUGAAAUGCUGUUCCAUGGGAAAGCUUUGGAGAUCUACACCGAUGCCUACCAAAUCAUCCAAAAUAUUGAUGAAGAUAAAGAUUUAGAGGUUUUCCGGAGCUCGCUGUACCCACCAGACUAUCAGUCUCGCUUGGACAUCAUUCGGGCAAAAUCCAGGUCCCCCCUGCUGAGAACUGACUCCUUGAAAUCUUCCCUGAGGACAGUCCAGAUUUCUGGCAGUAUGCUGAGAAAAAAUGAAGAUGAAGAAGAGGAGGAAGAUGAGGAAGAGGAGGAGGAGGAAUUAGAUGCUACUAAAGAAGUGAGAUAACAAAACUGUUCUAACAGUUUUGGGGGAAACCAGGGGGUUGGAUCAAGAGGAAAAAAAUAUCUCCCUUUAUGUAAAGGCUUUUGUGUGUUCAUUAAAAACUUCCCUGAGGUAUUUUUAAAACUCCACCAGGAGCAAGAAUUGGCACUGGUAGGAGAGUGCCAGACAACAAAUGACCAAUUUCAGAGCAUGGAGCAGAAGCUGCUGAAAAUGGAUCCUUUCCAUAGCUAGAACAGGAAAUCUUUAAAUAGAAUCCUGCAUUUUAUUUGCUUAGCUGUUCCAUUGCAGUCCCAUUUGCUUAAACUUACAUGAUGAAGUGCCCACAAAAUGCAGGAAGCUGACAAGCAGAUCUGAACAGAAGGCUUUUCCUGUUACUUGGCCAAUGUACCUUAUUCUCUGCCUGCACACCUCUUGGAUCUUAGAAGUCCUCCAGCUAUACCUGCCAUAAUUGGUUUCACCUAUCCUAAAGUAACUCAAGAACAGCAACAAUCCUGUUGUCACUUUGUGCUCCACCCUGGGUGGCAGAAGGCAGGGGGAGGCACAUUGUUUUCUCACUCUCAUUUUCCUCAGCCUUGACUUGAUGUCUUUAUGCGUACAGAAUGAACAUUCACAUAGUCCAGCAUCCACUUCUAAUGCUGCUUUGCUUUUAAAUAAAAGUGCCUUCAUAAUGAAACCAGUUAUUUUAUAGAGCUGACAUUUGUAUCAGUUGACAUGCUUCACAGAGCUCCAGUUCCAUGUGUUUUAGC